AUGUUCAACUCUUGGGGUCUUGUAAACGCUUACGGUACUUGGUCUUCAUACUACGUCGGCUACUCACUACGAGGAGUUGACCAGCUCGAACUAAACUUGGUGGGAUCGACUCAGUCUGCCCUUGUACUGUUGUUCUCCAACGUCGUUGGGCGAUUACUGGACGCUGGACAUUUCCGCAAGGUGAUCGGUUGCGGCACGUUCCUCGUACCGUUUGGUCUCUUCAUGCUUAGUGUUGUACACCCCAGUGACAUUGAAGCCAUGGCAAGCUUUGGCACUGUCUGGGUCACCCAGGGCUUCGUCGUUGGCCUCGGAAUGGCAACUUUCUUUGUAUCUAGCUCUCAAGUUGCUUCUACAUGGUUCCCCAAACGAAGAGGACUCGCCGUAGGCUACGUUGCCUGCGGUGCUAGCGUAGCUGGUGUAAUCUACCCCACCAUGCUUCGUUACCUCAUCGACGCUGUUGGUUUUAACAACGCUGUCCGUUAUGUUGCGACUCUCACUUCGGUGACAUGCAUCUUCUCGUUCAUCUUCUGCACUCCGGACCCAGCCCACGAGCAUCAUACACCACAGACAUGGUGCAAUAUCAGGACAUGGGUUGAUAUGGAAGCUUUCCGUAACAAAGCCUGGUGCUGGUUCACCGCUGGUGUUGCCUUUAUGUUCUUUGGCUUCUAUCCUGUCUUCUUCAAUCUUGAGGAAUGGGCAUCAGUACGCGGAUUUGGCACUCGUGAACAGGUCAGGUCGCCAAUCACUCCCCAAACCCCAACCGAUCGACCUUUGCAGACAUUCUGGCUUCUGGUCAUUGUCAAUGGUGCCUCAACCGUCGGACGUAUGCUUCUGGCUCAUUUCUCAGACAAAAUCGGUGCCAUCAAUAUGCACAUCGGCUCCCAGUUGACCGCUUCCUUGCUGACACUCUUUCUCUGGACAUUCGCAGGGUCGGAGACAGCUGCUCUCGCAUUCUGUGUCGUAUUUGGUGUCUUCUCUGGUAUGGUUAUUGGCCUACCCCCGGCAUCUAUCGGCAACAUUCUCAACUGCUCCUACACUGCGCCAGAUACCAGACAUUUUGCAAAGAAGAAACUCGGCCACUGGACUGGCAUGAUGUACACCUUUGCUGCCAUCCCGGCCCUCACUGGCCCCAUCAUUGCCGGACACCUCAUCACCCGUUACCAGACCUACCUCACAGUUCAACUGUGGUCUGGCACUAAUCUAUUGCUCUCAUGUCUCUGCAUGGCCGUGUCUCGCUGGUACCUGCCAUGCAGCAAUGGUCAGCGUGUUGGGGAAAUUCUCAAGGCCAAAUGCGGCAAAUCCGAAAUAUCUGAGAAGCGGAAAAGUAGUGAUGGCACCGAGUCAUCGCCUGAUCCAUUGUCACAGGCCCCAACUCGCGUUCCCAGCAACAACGUCUCGCGAAACGCAUCUUCCGAGAGCAUUUACGACCAUCAAGGCCGCAUGGCAUAA